AUGCGGAGCCAAGUCUCGUUGUCCGCGGGCAUCGCGAAACCGUAUCUUGGAGGUCUGUUUUCCAACGGGGGUCAUCACUUCAACAGUCCACCGACGAGAUGCUGUCCAGCGUCUUCGAGUACGUCAAGGGCGCGACGAUCUCGCGCUGCGAGGAGGCCGAGACGCCCGCAGUGGCGGUCCCCGUGCCGGAGCCGGAGCCGGAGCCGGAGCCCGAGGCUGCCGCCGAGAUCAAGAUCGAGACGGCUCCCUUCGAUCCCAGGUUCCCCCAGCAGAACCAGGCGAAACACUGCUACACCCGUUACAACGAGUUCCACAAGUGCAAGGCUCAGCAGGGUGAGGACGCCGAGGAGUGCGAGAAGUACGCCAAGUACUACCGCUCCCUCUGCCCCACGGAGUGGGUGGAGAAGUGGAACGAGGAGCGCGAGAACGGCACCUGGCCGGGCAGGUACUAAAUCAAACGGUGUACAAGUGUUCUUGAUUUUCCGCGAUGGCUCGGUUGACUCGCCGCGCGUAGUGUGAAUCCAAUUGUAUUUCUCUUCUACAUCC